AUGUGCCAGAAGAGGGUUGCUGAGACGCGUGGCUCGUCCACGCCGCCGUCUCUUGUCAUUUGUUGGUGCGUCCUGCUUGUUGCUGUGCUAUGUGCGCCGAUGUGUGCCGUGGCGUACAACGUGCGCUACACCGCCUUCAAAUCACCCAGCCCCGUGAGCGCACGGUUUAGCGGCUACUGUCCCUGGCAUGGUGGCGGCCACACCAUGAUGCCGAUGAAGAAAAGCUUUCAGGAGCUGGCAAAAAGUACCAUCAAGGACGCCGCAUUUAAAGAGGCUCCCAUUGGUGGGUGGUGUCCGUACUCCUCGUGCACGACCCAAAAAUGCGAGUGGGUUUUUUUCACCGGCCUGAUGAACGGGACAGCAGUUGAAAAGGCGACAUUCUUCAAGGGGACCGUGUAUAAUGGCUUGAAAUACACGGAAUCCAUACCUGGUAUGUACAACAACUUCUCGGAUGGAUUUCAGCCGGUAAGUUUUUUUCAAGCGAGCGGGCGGACUAUUACGAAAAUGGUGUCAGAUGGCCAUUGGGAGAACGAGAUCCGUGAUCACGGGUACACCACGUGGUUGUGCGAGUUCUAUGAGUUCACACCCUCGGAGGUGGUUACAGCGCCUGCGACCGACGAGAAUGGCUUUGUUAUUCCUUCUAAGAAGCUCAGUCCGUUACCAUGGUGGGUGGGCCUAGUCAUUGGUCUUUCGGUGCUGCUCAUUGCGGUUGUUGCAAUCAUUAUAUACUGCUGCUGCCGCAGGCGUCGUGAAAAGGAGAAACUGGAGGUGCUCAAUGAGGGAAUGCAGAGGGGACAAAGCAUCCGUCGGGUCGCGACGCAGUCACAACUGGCCAUGAGCCGCCGCGGCAGUAUCAUGUACGGAGACGCUGACGGCAGUGGUUUUUUUGGCAUGCAAGGACAGGAGGGACAAGGAACUAUGGGGAUGGGCCGUCACAGCAGCGCAUACUUUGAAAAUGGCUAUCCAGGCAAUGCAAUGGGCCCCAAUGGCGGCUUUUAUUCCGACCAAUCCUUGCAACAGGAGGGAUACAAUCCGUAUGCUGGCCCUCCCCCCUAUAACAAUUACUAA